AAGAAAAGAAGUGCGUGGCUGAGUCAGAUAAUCAUUAUUUUGAACGUUACAGUUUUGUCUUCCUCAUUUUUAAUCCACCGUGAUAUCCUUUAUAAGUAUUUAAAUACUUCGAAAUUUCUGGAAAGAAGGAUAGUGUACAAGAUGUUUUCUUUAUCUCGCUAUGCUGGAUUAUCUCGUGCGGCAUUGAAUUUAUCAAAAAGCUGUUUUCUUGAAAAGUUGUUUGGCGUAAAGAGGGGCAUCAUAUGGUGCAAAUUAUUUUUUUACAAGUCGAGUGAUGGCGUGGAAAUUUCAAAGUCGAAUCACUUUUCGAAUAGUACUAUAUGUGUUUGAUUUCGAUUUCAAACUUCGAUAUAGAACAGCCUCGGAGAAGAUAGACUAGAAAACAUUAGAUUAUCUUGAAAUGUAAUGGCCGAGAAGUUCAAAGUAGGCAUCCUCGUUGAUCCAAGGAAAUACACGUCCAAUAAUACGACCUCGAAAGUUGAUCACGUCAUGGUGCGCGUUUUUAACGUUAUGAUUGCAUGACUGAAAUGUUGUUUCGAAUAUCGCUGGCGCGCUGCAAGUAUUUGCAUAGGCUCUAUUGCAUCGUGGAUGCGACAUGCGACUGCUACGCAAACAGAGGAAUUUCAUUUUCGACUGGGAAAAUAGUCUUGCUCCAGGGACCGGUCCUCCGACUCGUUACAUCUACAUCGACGGGAGAUAAAUUUUGUUUCGUGGACAAAAUGAGUCUUCACCAUGUAUGUUGAUCAAAGUUCGUUAUCGUUUCACGGUGUAUUGUGUAAUAAGUUCACGGUCGCUUUGGCGAUUGGUAUCUGACAGAGAACAUGGAGUCCUUGAUUAUCUUGCUUGCUCACGAGUGAACCACUCACAAAGAGCAGUACAGCCUUUGUCCUCGUGGAAACUUCACAGGAAUGUCGCUCUCUCGGUCGUGCCUUCGCCGUUUUACCGUGCUUCUCUUCGUUUUUACUUUCUUACAUCUCACGCGGCCCAUCGUCGUACCUCAAACCUAUUCCGACGUGUACGAAAAGAAAAAUAAAUCAGGUCAUCGAAGAUUGAUCAUCGAAAGUCUGUUAGACGAGGAGAAUCAACGAGAAGAAUUUUUAACGUCGAUACCUUGCAUCAACAGUUUCUUGGAAAAGUACGUACAGAGACCAGAUAGAAUCUCUUUCGUAGCAAUAGAUAACGAAGAAAGUAUCCAGAACAUAGUUCAGUCGUUCGUGAGAAGUCUUCACAAUUAUUUCGCAUUCUUCGAACACACUGUAGACCUGGACUUCGAGACACACGAAUCCGCCUUGAGCACGAUCGUCCUGAUGCAGAACGCUAACAGUCUCGAGGACAAUCAUUACAUACUCGAACCUUGCGAUCGCGCUUGUCCUUUUAUUACGAUAUUAAUAAGCUCGUUUCAAGACGAAGAAAGCUUCCUCGAGCACGCUGACGUUGUAAUGCAAUCGAUGUGGUCCCGAAGAAUCGCUACUGUCGUCAUCCUAGCAAAAGUUGGUGAUUCUGUUCUCGCUGCUGGUAGCCUCACUUUUCAACCCGGUAAAAUAUGCACCGUAUCUCCUCCAGUUAUCUUGGACAAAUGCGAAGGAAAUUCUUGGAGUAAAUUGAAACACAUCAGUGCGCCGAAGACGAACGGUUGUGUUUUGAAGGUAGCCUACUUCGAACAGUCUCCAUAUGUGAUAGUUGGAAAUGAUUCAAAGCGUUUAUCGGGGUUCGAGGGAGCAUUGACAGAGGAAGCGUUAAGAGGCCAGGAAAUCGAGCGAGAAAAAGUCGUGUGGAACGAUAAUACCAGCUAUGCGGAACAGGUGCAAAUGUACAUCUAUAACGAUAUUAACGCCGACUUCGUUAUUGGACGUAUUCUACAGCAGUCUUACGAGGAUAUAGAUUACUCGAGCUCGUAUGACACGUCGAAAGUGGUGUGGCUAGUCCCAAAGAUUCCUAACGUGUCACUGAAAGGACUGGUUCAGCCAUUUCAGCAGUACGUCUGGGCAGCAGUAGGAGGAUCUAUACUAUUGGGUUGCGUCGUCAAAAUCUUCUUAUUUCGUGAUCUCUCCUUUUUAGAUAUAUUUGCUCUGAUAAUUGGAGUCUCCACUGCGCGUCAGCCCACCAGACUUUCAACUAAAAUUCACUUCCUCGCGUGGUGCAUCUUCGGUUUAUUUCUCACGCAACUUUACGUGGAUUCUUUGGCCGAUCAACUGAUCAAUAUGUCCGACCUGAAGCUCGAAACGAUGAAAGAGCUGAUCUCAUCGUCGUUUCAAAUCGGCGGGACAGCGGCAUUCGCGAGAUUGUUCGAAAUAUUUGACCAGGAUGAAAUUGUUGAAAGUGUACGAAAAAAAUUUGUGAUAUUUGAUCAAGAUGCGUACCUAAAGCAAUAUUACGAUCUUUUGGACGGAACGAAUUCCUCUUUUGCGUUGGUCAUAGUGUUAAAUUCUUCACGCAGUGAUGCCAUCGAGACGACACAGGCGUACACCAUAACCACAGAUGUGAUAUGCAGUUUUCCUCUGGCUUUGGCUACCUGGAAGGGAUCCCCGUAUUUGGAACACCUCAACGAAGAGAUCAACAAAUACAUCGAUUUUGGAAUAUUAGAUUUUCUGAUCCAGAGUGCUUUAGAAAAGAACUUGCGCGCUAUGUUAUCGCAAACUGCACAGGACGAAGAAUACAAAACAGAACUUCACUUGCAGCAAUUCGUUCCAGCAUUUUUAUUAGUCGCCAUUGGGUUCUCCAGUGGUUUCUUGUUCAUCAUUCUCGAAGUCGUGCUCUAUCCUUCCAAGCUUCUUCAGUAAUCUCGGAAGAUGCGACAAAAAGAAGUUCCGACAGUUUGGAAUCUCAAUAUUAAAUUAUAUAUUUAUCGAUAGACGUUCAUUUGAUAUGGGAAAUUGUGAAAUCGAGCACCAGUCAAAUUGUCAUCGAUCGCAAAAAGUGUCGAGUGGGUGGAUAUCGUUCUACCGUGGAUUAUCGGCUUUCGCUUUUUAAAUUAUAGAUGGAUAUUGGGCUGCGGCUGGAUGGGCGCGCAAAUUAGAUAUAAUCCUCUUGCUGAAUCUAUCAAAAUAGACAAUUUACGUCAUAGAUUUAUGUCUUAGUUUUAAUCGCGCAAUACGUAGACGUCACAAGCGGUUAGUGUUUUUCAAUCCUUUUUAAGUUGCGAUACCCUUUCAUGAUAAUUAAAUAUCCUCUCUCUCUCCUAUCCAAGAAAAGCAUUUUUAUGAUUAAUUUUACAUCUAUAGUGUAGCCAUAGUAUACGUUUGACAGUGUGGCCUAAUAAUUGUACAAAUAGUAAUUGCAGAAAAAGAUGUGGAACGCAUUAUUUUGUUAGAUUUGAUGGUUGUGGUGUUAAAAUAUACAAUUUAAUUUCAAACUUUUGUAUGUAUGUUUGCAUUCUGAAAUAAUCUUCGAUAAUAAAGGUUUGAAGUUUCCGUUUAAUUCCUACGUGCACGAAGUUUCAGUUUUCUUGCGAUCUUUUCGAAGAAUAGCAAAGGAAGUCGGAGAUUUCCCGGAAGAAUGUGUCAAUACUAAACUUCAUCCCUUAUCCAACUCCGAAAAUAAUCCUCGUACAGUCAUUUGGUUCAUUCCUGAUCGGAUCGAAUCAUUCUUUUCGUAAUCGAAUGAGAGUUAACGGUCCUAACAGGAGACGAACUGUCGCGUAUCGUAAGGUGAAUUUCUUCGAUCGAUUAGCUACAAUUUAUAUGGAUAAAAGCGGAUCAUAAAGAUCUCAAAUGACGAUUGAACGUAUUACGUUCUUAGUUGGUGGUAUUUCAGGCAAAAUCCGCGAGGGGGUAACGUAAUUACCGUAUUAUUCUCAACGAUCCACGCGGAAUUUCGAGCUGUUAGUUUUAAUUUUACAGGCUAUAAAGUUUGGCUAUUUCGUUGGAUUAUACUGUCGAUUGUAUAAUAUGUGGUUAAGGUUAUAUUGCAUCAUAUUUUUAUAUCAUCAACUUUGUGCAUCAAUUCCAUUCCAGCUAAUGUUAUUCUCGAAUUCUUAUUACUAGUAGAAUGUUGUGACAACCUGGAAUUGAAAGUUGUUUUCAUUUGAGAAAUGUAUUGGAAUAUUCGAUCUGUCUUUAUAUAGCGUUCUAUCGUGUGUUGAAAAUUUAAAUGAACCAAAACGUACAGAAUUUAUAUAACAUGUCAGAAUAUAGGGAAUACAAGUUAUAAUAUUUAGAGGAUAAAGGAAAUUUCUUUAGUGAUUAUUCAUAACAAUCUAAAUUUAAACAAGCAUCCGCAAUAUAUGAAUAAACGAACACGAUAUCAACGUCGCAAAUGUAUGAUACUUUAGGAUUAAUUUAUCUGUAAUUUUCAACUUUGAAAUUACUUAAUAAAAUAUAUUAUAUUAUCAACAGACUACGCAUCUCUAUGUAAUUAUGGGAAAUUAAAGGAUGCAAAAAUGACUAAGCUGGGUAUAACAUACAAAAAUACAUGAAAUAUCCAAAGUAUAGUACUCUUUAUAACGUCCAGUGAAUAAAAUAAAUUUCUAUUUAGGUUCCAUUUCUACAGUCUGUUAUAUAUAUUUUAUUUAAUAUAGUAAUAUA